ACAAAUCAUAUUGAAGACCAGAGAUUCUUUGUUGCAAAAUAAUGCAAAUGCCGCUGCUUAGAACCAUAUACGAAGGAAGAGGGUCGGGUAUAAAACCGCGCUCGUUUAUUUUAUAAUCACAGUUACACAUCGUCUGUUAACUUUGACACACAAGAUGAAAUCCUUCGUAGCCCUUAUCGCCCUCGUGGCCGUGGUUGCCGCCGACGUCUCCCACCUGUCUGCCCACCCUGAUGCUUCUGCUCAGAUCCUGAAGCAGGACGCUGACGUCCUCCCCGACCAGUUCCAGUACGCCUAUGAGACCAGCAAUGGCAUCAGCGCCCAGGAGUCUGGAGUCCUCCAGAAAGUUGGCGACCAGGAAGCUAUCGCUGUCCAGGGAUCCAACUCCUACACCGCCCCCGGUGGCGAACAGAUCCAGGUUUCCUACGUCGCUGACGCCAACGGUUACCAGCCCCAGGGUGCUCACCUCCCCACCCCCCCUCCUCCCCAGCCCAUCCCUGAAUACAUCCAGAGGGCUAUUGCCUACAUCGCUGCCCACCCCCCCAAGCCCGAGCCUGGCCAGAAAUACUAAGUUAAUUAAUUAGAUAAUAAGCUAUAACAAAACAAUUUUUCUAACACUGCCAAUAUUUUUACCUCUAGUCGCAAUAUGUAUGUAAAUUUCUUGAAAUAAAAAGGAUUUCUUGUUGUACAGUCAA